CAUGAUAGAGAAUACACACCCCUGGAGUUGGCUUUCAGAUAAUAAUUAUUUUCAAAAAUGUAUCUAUCAUAGUGAAGUGUAAAUUGUAACCUUUUAUAAAUGUGUUUGGUGCAAUAUUUUUUAUAAUAAAAUGCCUAGAAAAAAAGUGAGAUUGUCGUCCGUAGAUAAACGGAUGGAAGAAGUGGACGAUGACGACUUUAUGUUCGAUGAUAGUCAAUCGAGUUCAGGUCGUAGCGGCCAUGAGCCGCAGCAUAGAAAUGCGGCAAAUGCUCGGGAGCGGGCCAGAAUGAGGGUGCUUUCUAAAGCUUUUUGCAGGCUAAAAACAACCUUACCGUGGGUACCGGCGGAUACUAAGCUAUCAAAGCUGGAUACAUUACGACUCGCUGCUUCCUACAUAGCGCAUUUACGAGCUCUACUACACGAGCCUAGGUCAGCGCACACGCCGCCGCAUCCUUUAAGCCUCGCGUGGCCGUUCGCCUUUCAGCACGGUGGAUCGUUAGGUUGCACGAUUUCUCAAAGGUGGAACGUAAAUUCGCAAUCUAUAGAUUCCUCAAACAGAAAUACCCAAAACAGAGAACCUAUUCAAAACAGAAUGAGCUGUGAAUAUGGACAAGAAUAUGAAAACGACUACGAGGAUAGAGCGUACGAAGAAACGAAUGAAUCGUGCGCACAAUAUUGCAAUUACGGUUACAAAGAGAAUUAUUACGAAAUGAGAUCUUAUUCUUCUGAGAAUUUGGUGAAUAAUGUUUAA